CUUCCCCCGACGCGAGAGAGAAGCCGGAGCGUGUGUGUUGGUGGGUGCGGAGCCCCUCCCGUUUCUUCUUCAUCCCUCAGACGCACCCCUUCCUCCUCCUCCUUCUCCUCCUCCUCCAAUUCCCGUUCUCUCUCAGUGAAUCAAAAUGUCUUCUUACGCUGCUCAGGUCCACUCUCUCGGCCUUUCCGGUCGGGUCUCCCCCUCUAAAACCCCCAAAUCCGGAGGCCCCUCCCAAUCCCUCUUCUUCGGCCAAUCUCUCCACCCCAGAACCUCCGCUUCUUUCUUGAAAUUGAACUCCCGGGCCUCUUCCAGGAGGAGGCACCAUGUGGGACCCCUCAGGGUCGUCAACGAGAAGGUUGUCGGCAUCGACCUGGGGACUACCAAUUCCGCCGUCGCCGCUAUGGAGGGAGGGAAGCCCACCAUCGUCACCAAUGCCGAGGGCCAGAGGACUACUCCUUCUGUCGUUGCUUACACCAAGAAUGGCGACAGGCUCGUCGGCCAGAUUGCCAAGCGGCAGGCUGUCGUCAAUCCCGAGAACACCUUCUUCUCCGUGAAGAGAUUUAUCGGGAGGAAGAUGUCCGAAGUGGAUGAAGAGUCGAAGCAGGUGUCUUACAGAGUGGUGAGGGAUGAGAAUGGGAAUGUCAAGUUGGACUGCCCUGCCAUUGGCAAGCAGUUUGCGGCUGAGGAGAUUUCAGCUCAGGUGCUGAGGAAACUUGUAGAUGAUGCGUCCAAGUUCUUGAAUGACAAGGUGACCAAAGCAGUGGUGACUGUUCCAGCUUACUUCAAUGAUUCGCAGAGGACAGCUACUAAGGAUGCUGGUCGUAUUGCUGGCUUGGAAGUUCUUCGCAUAAUCAAUGAACCUACUGCUGCAUCCUUGGCUUAUGGAUUUGAGAAGAAGAACAAUGAGACGAUCCUGGUAUUUGACCUUGGAGGUGGUACUUUUGAUGUCUCAGUGCUUGAGGUUGGUGAUGGAGUGUUUGAAGUGCUCUCAACAUCAGGAGACACACAUUUGGGUGGUGAUGACUUUGACAAGAGGGUUGUUGAUUGGCUUGCUGCCAGCUUCAAGAAAGAUGAAGGCAUAGACCUCUUGAAGGACAAACAAGCUCUCCAGAGGUUGACCGAGACAUCUGAGAAAGCUAAAAUGGAACUCUCAUCUCUGACACAAACUAAUAUUAGUUUGCCUUUCAUUACAGCCACUGCGGAUGGUCCAAAGCACAUUGAAACCACACUUACAAGGGCUAAGUUCGAGGAGUUGUGUUCAGAUUUGCUGGACAGGCUGAGGACCCCUGUUGAAAACUCCUUGAGGGAUGCAAAACUCUCCUUUAAAGAUUUAGAUGAGGUUAUCCUUGUUGGGGGUUCAACACGUAUUCCAGCUGUUCAAGAGCUUGUGAAAAAGUUGACUGGGAAGGAUCCCAAUGUUACAGUCAACCCCGAUGAAGUUGUUGCCUUGGGAGCAGCUGUUCAGGCUGGUGUCUUGGCUGGAGACGUGAGUGAUAUUGUGCUUUUAGAUGUGACUCCAUUAUCUCUGGGUUUGGAAACUCUCGGUGGUGUUAUGACUAAAAUCAUCCCAAGGAAUACAACCUUGCCGACCUCCAAAUCGGAAGUGUUUUCAACGGCUGCUGACGGUCAAACCAGUGUCGAGAUUAAUGUCCUUCAAGGUGAGAGGGAGUUUGUGAGAGACAACAAGUCCGUUGGCAGUUUCCGACUCGAUGGCAUCCCCCCGGCUCCACGUGGUGUUCCACAGAUUGAAGUCAAAUUCGACAUUGAUGCUAAUGGUAUCCUCUCCGUAACUGCUGUUGAUAAGGGCACUGGGAAGAAGCAAGACAUCACAAUCACGGGUGCUAGCACUUUGCCUAGUGAUGAGGUUGAGAGGAUGGUUCAGGAAGCAGAGAAAUUUGCCAAGGAAGACAAGGAGAAGCGAGACGCCAUAGACACAAAGAACCAGGCGGACUCCGUCGUCUACCAGACAGAGAAACAGUUGAAGGAGCUGGGGGACAAGGUUCCUGCUCCAGUGAAGGAGAAGGUGGAGGCUAAACUUGGAGAGCUGAAGGAAGCAAUCUCUGGUGGUUCAACACAAAGCAUGAAGGACGCCAUGGCUGCUCUUAAUCAGGAGGUCAUGCAGCUGGGUCAGUCCCUCUACAACCAACCAGGUGCACCUGGUGCAGGUAGUGCACCUGGUGCCGGUGGCCCCUCAGCUGGACCUACCGAUUCUCCAUCGAACGGCAAGGGUCCAGAGGGAGACGUCAUAGAUGCUGACUUCACUGAUAGCAAGUGAACCAAUAAUUGUGGGUAGGGAUUUUUUGGCUGCCUAUCAUCAUGAUUAAUCAUCUCGCGAGAAAUGAGCUUUUGGAGGUCGGCUUAACUGGCGAAUAUUGUUCCUGCUCUGCUCUCACUAUUUUGGCAUACAAUGGAGCUCCCAGUCUUAGGAAGAGCAUACGGGGAGUUUCUAUCUAUGGUUAUCAAAGUGAACUUUUGUGAUGAUCAGGCUCAACACUAGAUUUAUACUUGGAAAUGUCAAUAUUUCGUGAUGCAGAUACGGAUCUGCUACUCUAUUAUUGUUUUGUUUUUGUUCUUUUAAUGGAAACCAAUUUUGGCAA